UCAAAAGAACAAUCAAAAGAGCGAAGGCAAAAAAGGUCAAAUGAGCGAAGGUGAAAAUAGCCAAAAGAACAAUCAAAAGAGCGAAGGUGAAAAUAGUCAAAAGAACAAUCAAAAGAGCGAAGGCAAAAAAGGUCAAAUGAGCGAAGGUGAAAAUAGUCAAAAGAGCAGUCAAAAGAGCGAAGGUGAAAACAGUCAAAAGAGCAGUCAAAAGAGCGAAGGUGAAAACAGUCAAAAGAGCAGUCAAAAGAGCGAAGGUGGAAACAGUCAAAAGAACAGUCAAAGUAGCAGUUAUACAGGACAAUCUAAAGCAGCAUAA